ACACACACGCACGCGCGCGCACACACACACACACACACACACACACACACUCUCACUCACUCACUCACUCAUACACACACACACACAAAGCUUUGACCAUGGCGGAAGAAGACGACACGAAAAUCAGGAUCCUACAAAGUCUACGAGGGAAAAUCUGUGAAGGCCGGAACCUAGGUGUUGGUUCUGCAUCGAAUCGCAUCCAGAACACUAGUAUAUUUUGCACCAUCAGUCUGGACCAGGAGGAAGUGUUCCGCACUAAAGAAGUGUAUGAUAAAAGUUUGAGCCCAUUUUAUGGGGAAGAUUUCUACUUUGAGAUCCCAAGGCCGUUCCACUGCCUGUCCUUCUAUGUUUAUGCCAAGACAAUGUUUCAGAGGGAACUGACCAUCGGAAAGGUGGCCCUCAGGAAGGAGGAGUUGUGUAAUUACAGUGGGAAGGAGCACUGGUUUCCACUGCAGCCUGUGGAUCCAAACUCAGAGGUGCAGGGGAAGGUUCAUCUAGAGAUGAAGCUUAAUGAAGUGAUCACAGAUAACAGGCCUGUCUCUUUGAGCCUGCAGGUCAGGAUAAUCGAGUGCCAGGGUUUACCGUUAAUCAGUGGACAGGCCUGCGACUCUUAUGCUUCUGUAACACUCAUUGGCCCUGCAAGGUCAGAUCAGAGGAAGACAAAGGUGAAGAAGAAAACCAGCGACCCUCACUUUGAUGAGACACUUUAUUUUGAGGUUUCCAGGCCAAGCAACUACAACAGGAAGAAUUUCCAGGUAGAGGAUGAGGAUAUCGAGAAACUGGAGAUCAAGGUGGAGUUAUGGAAUAAUGGGAAUCUGGCUCAGGAUGUGUUUCUGGGUGAAACAAGAGUGUCAGUGAAGAUCCUGAGAAAUGACCUAGUACACAAAGCUUGGUAUCUGCUCCAGCCAAGAGGUAACGGUGUGAAGUGUAAGCCUGAUGAUCUCGGUUCUUUGCGUUUGAACGUGUGUUACAUUGAGGACAAUGUGCUACCGUCCAACUGCUACAUUAAACUGAGAAACCUGCUGCUGAAAUCACCUGACGUACAGUCGAUCUCAGCAUCUGCUGCUCAUAUCCUGGGCGACGUGUGUAGAGAUCGAUCCGAAGCCUCACUGCCUUUAGUGCGACUUUUACUGCAUCACAACAGACUGCUGCCUUUUCUCAUGGCCACUGCUGCCUUAGAGCUGGAGAACACACAAGAGGCGAACACCAUCUUCCGUGGGAAUUGUCUGGCCACACGCUGUAUCGAUGAUACAAUGAAGAUGGUGGGAAGAAAUUAUCUAAACAUCACACUGAAGCCUGUGCUGGAUGAGAUUUGUGAAUCCAAUAAAACGUGUGAAAUCGAUCCAAUUAAACUGAAGGAAGGAGAUAAUGUAGAGGUCAACAAGGAGAACCUGCAGCUUUAUGUUCAGAAAGUAGUCUUGUCCAUUACUGAGUCAAGUGCAAGCUGUCCACCUCUGAUGUGUGACAUAUUCCGAUCCCUACGACAGCUCGCCACUGACCGUUUUCCCAGUGACCCUCAUGUUCAGUAUUCUGCUGUGAGCAGUUUUGUGUUCCUGAGGUUUUUUGCUGUAGCUGUUCUUUCUCCACACACUUUCCAGCUCCGGCCACACCAUCCAGAUCCAGAGGUUUCGAGAACUCUCACACUCAUCUCUAAAACUAUCCAGACUCUAGGCAGCUGGAGCAGCUUGUCUAAAAGUAAAAUGUCAAGCUUCAAAGAGACCUACAUGUGUGAUUUUAUCAAAUUAUUCCUGGAAGAUAAAUUUAUAGAGAAAGUGAAGAAGUUUUUAGAUGACAUCUCGUCCAACGUGUGUAAAAGCACCAGCGGGGUGGAAGAUUCGGUCGUGCUGAAAGAGGGAGAGGUCCACAAGCGAGCCCAAGGUAGAAAGCGUCUAGGGAAGAAGAACUUUAAGAAGCGCUGGUUGAGAGUGACCAAUCGAGAGCUGUCAUAUCAUAAACAAAAAGGGAAAGAUCCACUGUGUGUGAUUCCUGUAAACAGCAUUACAAGAGUAGAAAAACUGGAUGAAAGCACCUUCAACCGCAAAAACAUGUUCCAGGUGAUCUACAGUGAUAAGCCCCUCUAUGUUCAGGCAGGGAACUGUGUUGAGGCGAGCGAGUGGAUUGAUGUGCUGACUCAGCUCAUCCGCUGCAACACUGACCGACUCGGUGUGUUCCAGCCGGCUGUCAGCAUCAGAGACAGCACACUGGCAAACAUCCAGCUGGAGACUGACUGUGACAGGGAGACAGAGAGAAUUUUCUCGCUGUUCAGUGCCAGUUUACCUCGUCUGCAGAAAAUGGAGGAUGCCUGUGCCAGUAUGUCGGUGUACCUGGGCCAGCAGAAGGAGCAGGAGGAGUACUCUGCCUUCAUUAUUCAGGACCCAAAAGAGACAUUCCGCACCAUCAAGGAGAUCAGAGAAGUCCUGGGAGACCUGCAGCUCAAACAUAAAGCCAUCGAGCUCACGGACCAGCCAGGGACAAUUGAGAAUCCGAUCGUGGGGAAGAGGUCUUGACGCUGUGAGAGUGGUUGACUCCUCCACACCAGCAGGGUUGCGCUGCCUAAAGCCAGCUGCUGAGACACACACUCACUGAGGAACGACAGAAGUGACUGCUGCAGGCUCACCAUGAAGAAAAAGACUGCUUGAGAGAAUCAGCGACUCUCACACUCCGCGCUGCGCCUUAAAUCACCUCUGACACAUGCGUGACAAAUCGACUUUUUCACUGAGAUCAGCACGCACUAUCAAUCAGAAUGCUGUGACGGGACCAGACUCCAUCAGUGACACAAGAAUAUGAAUAUGGCUGCUAAACAGAUGAACUUGACCUCCAGUUUGAAAACAAUCAUUUAAAAUCCUUUCACCUUUUAUAGGCUUUUUUCGAUGUCUGAUGUCUUUGAUGUGCAUCCCAGGGAAUUUUCCCAACUUUUCUAUUCUGUCUUUUAUAUUCGUACAUGGAGUUUGUGGAUUUAUGUAUAUACACACUCGUUUCUGGAAUACUCACACAUACACACAGAAAUGGCACUUUACACAUUUGGAAUGAUCCAGAUGAGUAUAUUUGAUACGCUGUAUCAUUACUCGAUUGAUCAGUUGAAUGAUCGCAUCAUUGUAACGCUCAUCUCUGUAUAGUUUGUAACCGAUAUGUUUCUCAUGCCAAAGACAAUUUGUCAGUUUCAUGAUGUGUAAAUGGCAUUAUUUUUGGAAUACUCAAUUUUAAAUGAUGAUCUAUAUUUCUCCUGACACAAAAUUGUUAUUGUUAUUUUCUUUUUUUAUUUGUGACGAACACACAUAAUCAGAACUGCUCUGUGAUUUUGCACAAGUCAUUUUCUCAGACAGAAGGAUGGAUAGAGAGAGAGAGAGAGAUAGGAGGAAACGUGGAAUGUGACAGCAGGAGAAAUGGAGAUUUCCAGAAGAGAGAUGUGUGAAAGAUCUCUUCACAUCUGAGUGAUGGAGUUAAUACAUUCCUUUGAAUUAUCUCAUGAUUAGCGUGUUUAUACAAUCAGGCAUUUUUUUACUUCUCAGUGAACAUUGACAUAGUACUCUAUUCCUUUGAUUUUCCUCUUAUUUUUACCACAUGGAUGACUCGACCUUUGUGUGACCCUUUUUUUUUUUGUAAUGUUUAUUAUAAGUUGCCGAAGGAUAAACAGGGAUCUAAUGGUACACUGAUUUAAAUUCUUCAGGUCAAACUUGUUCCAAUAGGUACGACUAGGAAAGGCACAUUAGACAUGUGUUUCCGUGCCAUGUCUCCAAACCCCACCUCUUGCAUCUGGUUUGAUAUUGUUUACUCCUGAUGAGCUUUAUUAUUUCACUGCUGUCCUAACCCCAAGCCCUGCUUAUCUGACAUUUCUCUGAAUAAAUGGAAUAAAUGAAGGAUCUCAAAUGUG